AUGUCUCCGGAUCACAAGCAUCAAGACCCGCCGAUCCAUCCUAACGCCCUACCUUACCCGCUCCGUCACCAUAGCGUUCCUCAAAAGCCAGUAGAAGCUAUUGUGUCGCAAGAAAUUCCGCGUAGUCGAAUUGGGCACUUCCCAGAGGUACCCGUCCAUGGAGUGAACAUGCCGCGCCAAUGGGAAACGCGACAGCAUCGGAAUUGGCAUAGUAGUGAUAGGUUCUCGGUGUCCGCAGAGCCGGUGGGGACCUGCACAUUUGCCUCUCGCACCGAAGUUGACUAUGGUGGUGCGCCGCCUCGUGGUGCGAGUAUUGAUUUUCAUGGCCAUCCUCGAAUGGACAAGAACACCGAUCUCUGCCUCAAUUUCCUCAUGGGACAUUGCCUCAAGGGAGACACGUGCUGCUUCAGACAUAUUCCUCCUACUGCAAAUUCUGGGCGGCCCGAAUAUCCACCAACGCAGUGGUCAUCUACUCAGAUGAAUAUGAUCGCAGCGAGUUCAGUUCGUCGAGAGAUGGUACACGCACCCUCAUCACAAUCUACACUCGACACUUCGGUAUCUGUGCUUACGCCCCAGAUUUAUCCAUCGACCGUUUCGACACUCGGCGUUGUUCCCUCUCUCAAUCCAGACGCCAGUCUUUUGCAGCGCGUGCCCAGUUGUACAGCCGUGUCUCCGCCGCCACUGCCCAUCGCUCCAAAGUCGAGACCCUGCCUCGAGGAUACUACUUUACCGCAACCAGUUACCAGUCGCGCGGCUAUGUCUCCACCACCAUCACCCGUUGUUUCAACGUCAAUCUCUUGCCUCAAAGAUACCACUUUAGUACAGCUAGUGCCUAGUCGCACAGCUAUAUCCCCGCCACUCAUGACUUCCGUGCCCGUCCCUCCUUCCGCAGAGAGCAAGUCACCGCAACGAGUACCCAGCCGCACAGAUAUUCCUCCGCCGAUAAUAUCGACGCCGAUCCUUCCCGCGCAUCCUUCAGGAGAGUCAAAUUCCCCUAAGCCAGUGCCUAGUCGCUCAAAUCCGACUACUUCAUCCACGAAUUUCACGUCAACUCAUUCCGUAUGUUCACCGGAAAAGAGUACCUCGAAAAGAGUGCCUAAUCGCUCAGCUGCAACUUCCCCAUCAACUAAUUCGACGCCGGCUCUCCCCGUAUCUUCAGUAGAGAAGAGUCCUCGAGAGCGAAGUCCCCGUCCCGCUGGCAUGUCAUCACCGGCUGAGUCGACGCCUGUUCUAUCGGUGCGCUCUGCAAAAGAAAUUCAAUCCCGACAAACGCGCAAAGGAACAACCAGAAUGCGUUUGCCAGAUGAUUUGACGCCACAAUCACGCGUGCACUCUACGGAAGGCCGCGCUUCCCAUCAAAGUGACCUUAGCUGCACAACCAAGGUCCCCUCAAUCCCACCCGCGCUAUCAGCAGCAGAUGCUUCGCCAAUUCGUGUGGAACAGCAAUUAGAGUCAGCGCAACUCAACUUGUGCCUACAGAGCGACAAGCCUGCUCAUGUCAUCAAGCAAGAAGUUUGCAAAAAAUAUCUUAGGGGGUGGUGUAGGCAUGGUGAACGCUGCUCUCGCCAACAUCCUCCACGGACGAAGACGAUCAAAACCAAUGCUAGUUCCAUCGCUGACUCGUCUUUCCAAUCAGUAACACCUGGCGCUGCACCUGCCUCGCAACCAGUGGCACUUCUUGCAGCCAACGAAAAAGUUAAGUCAUUGAGCCCUAAUGAUUCUCCAUUGGGUACAGAUAGCCAGUCCUCCUCAAAUUCCCAGGCCGCAGAGCUUAAAGAGGACGAGCAGAACGGGAUUGAAAGGUCGUUGAGCAAUCUAUUCGAUGUAAUUAUGCAACAGGAAGACUCAAACAUGUUUGUUGUGCGCAUCCCUAGAUCGUCCAAAGGGCACAGUCAGAGUAAAAAGAAGCGGAAUAAACCAAAGAAGCCGGAUGUCGACGAUAGUUCUCCCGCGAAGACCAAUACAAGUGUUGCCGUAAAACCCGACGUUAGCACUGGGCAGGGCCCUAGUCUGCCUCAGGCUGGACUACCCAGUGUCAGCAUACCGAACUCCAAACGUCCAUCUCGGCCGGCCACCAUUCGCACGAGUCCCGUGGGUUCACGGCAGUCACAAAACAAACAGCGAGCCUCUCGUACGACAGAUGAUUCCCUGUCCGACGAGACGGAGCCGGCUUCUUCCCCGUGCACCCCCCGCGCAAAUCUAUUGUCCUCGGACUCAUCCUUCGACAUGCCGGCCACGCCAGUAGACCAGCCGCCACCAAUCUGCCGGGACUACAAACGUGGUUACUGUCAUUAUCGGCACUGCAAAUACUUGCACGAGGAAGACGCUGCCAAACAUUCCAAAGCUGAAAGUCGCGCUAUUAAGAUGGUGGAUGCGAAGACCAAUCCAGGGCAACCUACUGUCGAGAAUCGCGAUACGUCGGGUACAUUAGCAUCUAAACAAUCUGUAUGUUCUUCGGCAACUUCAGGUGACGCACCUCGCGGUAUCCGCGACAGAUACGAACAUGUCCGCUCACGAACUGUAUCUGUCGGCGAAGACCUGACGACCGAUGCUCCUCUGGUUCCUCCAGGGCUUGGUCUAGAAGCCAAGAUGCUUGAAGGGGACAUGCCAACAUUGCACAAAACCCCUCCAGAGACCAUAACAUUAAGAGUACUCGAUGCGACGAAAGUGACAUUCGGAUCCGGUCUGGAGGUUAAAGAUGUCGUCACAGGCUUUGAGACCCGUCAAAUCAUCCUCAAAAACCUUCCCAGCGGCGUGACCUCGUCAGACGUCACUACCGUUUUGCAGUCUUUCGGUGAGGUUGUCACUGUCACGUUUCCAGAGUCCAAUCACAAGAAAGAUGCAAUAAAAAUUGCCCGUGUCACCUUCGCCAAGCAUGACGAUGCAUCAAACGCUGCCUACGCUCUUGAUGGCAGCUGUCUUUUUGAUUCGACGAUUAGUGCUAAACUAGUAACUUCAGCAUCGUCAUUGGUUGGGAAAGGCUCUCUCGAAGAUGGGACUGUUCUUCUUGAAUUUCCAUCGCCGCACAGGACCGGUUACGCAGGUUAUGCAACCAUGGAAUUAGCGGAACAGGCACUCGCAAGAGCAAAUAGCACCGAAUUACGAGGUAGCUGGGUAACUGCAGCAUAUUAUGAAGGAUUACCAAACGUGGGUUCCUUCAACGUGCGAUUCCAAGGACUGCCUGCAGACGCCCAGACAAAGGAUAUCGAGCGGUAUGGAGAAAGCGAAGGCAUCAUGCUGGAGCGGGCGACCUAUCAAAAUCUCCCAGCCGCGUGUCGCCAUCUUCGCGAGGUCAUGACAAAUUACGGGGAGUUGGUCGCCUUCAACGUCUUGCCGCCUCCAUAUAAGAAGCGGACCGUACGCGUCUGGGCCCAUUUCACCUCCUCAGCUGUCGCUGACAGAGUUAGUGCCGCUCUCAAUAACCGACGUCAGCGGUUUUGCGGCGACGGCAAGCUAUACGCGACCCACAUCAGGACACUCCUAUAUUCGCUCCCUGUCGACGUUUAUGACUCUCUGAGAAGCGACAUUCGUGAUUUCAGCUUUUAUAUUUGCCAGAGGGAAAAUGGCAGUAGCAUUUCGGUUGUUGAUCGACGGACGCCUACAUCACCCUCACUACCCGUGAAAAUCAAACUUGCUUCCCCCCGAAUGCAGACGUUGACUAAACUCAAGUCGUCUUUCGAGCGUAUCCUUCGCGGAGAGAAGGUGACCGACAACGGAGAAGUUGUCUGGGAUGGUUUCUUUAGCAGACGUGGCGGCAUAUUGUACCUGGAGGACUUGGAGAAGACACAUCCGGGCAUCAUGAUCAAUAGAGAUAUCCGCAGGCGAAUGCUUGCGUUAUUCGGCCCUGCGGAUAAACGUAAAAUCGUCCGUUCUGCCAUCUUGGCUAGGGUUGCAGCAUUACGAGCUCAAAGAACGCACUCCAUCCCGUUGGUCGGACGACUGAUCGGCCUUUUCGUGAGCAAAGAUCUGGCCAUCCUACAAAAGCAGCUCGGUAGCGAAAACGUCGGCUUCGACCUGAUCAAUCGUGUUCUCGUCAUUCGUGGCGAUGAAGAAGCCUACAAAGUUGCCCAACUAGCGAUCGCCGGCGCAAGAAAUCGGCACAGAGACGAGAGGCAGUUACGACAGAUUGAAUGUCCUGUUUGUCUCGACGAGGUGACCUCACCCGUCACUUUAGACUGUGGGCAUACCUGGUGCAAAUCAUGUCUGACGAAUUAUCUCCUCGCUGCUGUCGACAACAAAGUUUUUCCACUGACGUGUCUUGGAGGCGAAGCUUCAUGUCCUCAUCCUAUUCCGAUAAGGAUCGCUCAGGAGCUUCUUUCCACCAACGAAUUCGACUCGCUGAUCCAUGCGUCGUUCCUGGCUUACAUCAAUUCGCGACCGUCGGAAUUCCACUAUUGUCCUACUCCUGACUGCCCUCAAGUCUAUCGGAAAGGGCCCCCGAAUACAGUCCUGCAAUGUCCAUCGUGUUUGACUCGAAUCUGUCCCAAUUGCCACGUCGAAUUUCAUCAAGGGUCCUUGUGUCGUGACCGAGAAGCUGAAGACGAAAAAUUAUUCGAAGAGUGGAAGAAGAGCCAUGAUGUCAAGGAUUGUCCUGCGUGCAAGGCUCCCAUCGAACGCCUCGCCGGAUGCAACCAUAUGACGUGCAUUCGCUGCAAAACUCACAUCUGUUGGGCUUGCCUCGCUACCUUCAGCAACGGCGAAGAGGUAUACGAUCACAUGCGCAUGAUACAUGGUGGUAUAGGGCUGUGA